UACACGUAAUGCGUUCCUUUAAUGCGUAAUUGCGUCUUUCGGUAAUUUUAUCCGUCUUUCGGUAAAUAAUCGUAUUUCGGUAAGUCUAGGGACCGGGAAGUGACUUCGUUUUACAAAACAAACAUAAACAUCUCUUCAUAACUUCUUGAUUUGCUUGACCGCCGUCCAGUAUGGGUAAGAAAAAGCAUGGCCAUAGGAGCUCCUCUUCCAGCUCCAGCAGUUCCAGCGACAGUUCCGAUGACCAGUACAAGCACCUGCCCAAACAUGAACGCAAGAGGCAGAAGAAACUCAGGAAACAGAUGAAAAAGGGUAAAAUCCCCCCAGGAUCUGUUCCAGGCAUGUAUCCAGGUGGACCCCAUGGAAUGCCCCACGGGGGUCACCAUGGAGCCCCUGGGGGUGCCUAUCCUGGGAAUCCAUCCUACCCUCCCCAUGGUCAGUCAGGCUAUCCCACUGGUGUGGCACCACCCCCAGGACAGUACGCCCCAGGCCCUGCAGGAUACCCGGCAGGACAUGCACCAGGGUACCCUGCACAACCCAACCCCUCAUACCCCGGACAGGCACCUGGCUAUCCCGGACAGGUCCCUGGCUACCCUGGGCAGGCCCCUGGCUAUCCCGGGCAGGCCCCUGGCUACCCAGCCCCCGGAGGGGCUAAUGCUGGAGGGUUUGUAGCGCCCGGAGCCCCACCGGCAGGACAAUACCCAGGUGUCCCCCAAGCGGGAGGGUUUGUAGCUGCAGGGGGUCCCGCUACAGGGGGAGUUAUCCCUCCUCCUCAGCAGCCAGCCUACUCAGGGGGAGCUGCUCCUCCACCUCAGCCAGGAUACCCCGCCCCAGCCCAGCAGGGCUACCCAGGAGCUGGGGGUGUCCCGCCCCAGAAUUACCCUGGGGGUGGACCCACUCCGCAACAGCCUGGGUAUAGUCCUACCCCAGGACAGCCAGGGUAUGCCCCUGCUCCAGGACAGCCAGGGCAGGCUGGAUAUGGACAACCCACCGGCCCCAUCCCAGGGCAGCAGGGCCCCGGUGCUCCUGGCCAACCAGGUUUGGCGGGCCAGUUCGGUCAGAUGAAUCUCCAAGGCCAGGGAAUGCCCCGCCCAACAGUGACCCCAGCUCCCAACUUCUCUGCAGAGAAGGAUGCAGAAGUGAUCAGGAAGGCUAUGAAAGGAGUAGGUACUGAUGAACAAGCAAUUAUUGGAGUGAUCACAAAGCGCUCCAAUCAACAGAGGCAGCAAAUCGCUUCCAUGUUCAAAACCAUGUAUGGAAAGGACCUGAUUGAUGAUUUGAAGUCAGAGUUGAGCGGUGAUUUCCGUGAGGCGAUCAUGGCUAUGUUCAAACCAACAACAUUCUACGAUGCCUGGUCCCUGCAUGAAGCUAUGGAUGGUAUUGGAACAAAGGAUUCAGUGCUUAUCGAGAUUCUGUGUACCAGGACUAAUGCUGAGAUACGGGAAAUCAACCAAUGCUUUCAGCAACAUUACAAGAGGAGCCUGGAGAAGGAGAUCAUGGACGAUACGAGCGGCCAUUUUAAACGUCUCCUAGUUUCCUGCUGUCAGGCCAAUCGUGCUGAGCUGACUCCUGACCAGUGGGCACGUCUGCAGGCUCAGGGGGUUGAGGCUAUUGUUGACCGGAACCUUGCACGGGAAGAUGCCCAGAGGCUGUUUCAGGCUGGUGAGAAAAAACUUGGUACAGAUGAGUCCACGUUCCUCUCUGUUCUCGCGGUCAGGAACCAUUAUCAAAUGCGCGCAACAUUUGAGGAGUAUGCCAAGAUUGCUGGUCGAGACAUUCUCAGCAGCAUUGACAGGGAGAUGUCGGGAGAUCUGAAGCAGGGAUUCACUGCUAUUGUUUUGUGUGCCAAGAACAGACCAGAAUUUUUUGCCAAUAAGCUGUAUGGGGCAAUGAAGGGUGUUGGAACCAGUGACUCCACACUCAUCAGAAUUGUCAUGUCCAGAUCUGAGAUUGACCUUCAAGACAUCAAGGAUUCUUAUCAGCAGAAGUAUGGCAAGACGCUGGCUUCCAUGAUAUCCUCGGACACAAGUGGCGACUUUAAACGACUGCUGCUGGGUAUCGUUGGCGUGUAAAUGAAUCAUAGCAUUUGUAAAUGCCAAGCGGCCAAUCAUAUCUAUAUAUCUAUGCUUACUUAAAGGGGUAAUAUUUAUAGGAGCUUUUAUCAGUUGCCAUUUUAAUACAAAUACAUGUAUUUAGAAAUCAAGUUAAAUAAAAGCCUUUGGCAAUUUUAUACCAUUUCUGUAACAUGUUUAAAAACAUAAGUUGCACUAAUUGGUAAAGACUGUAAGAAUCUUUUAAACACACGACAUACUUAUCACUUAAGAAAGAUUAUAUUAAAUUGUUUGGUAAAAGGUUUUUAAAUAAAUAAGAAUUGAAAAAUGACAUAAAAGUCAAGUUAUAAUUACUAUUGGUAAUAUACAGGAAGUUAUGUAAUGGAUGAAUUACACUGAAAAAAGGAAGAUCAUGUGAUGAAACUUAUUUUGUAUCUUGUAAGAAAUAUUUGUUGUGCAUUUUGUUAACUAAUUAUGACUAAGGACAAGUUUAUUGACGCCUUUGUUCAUGAGUUGUUAGAAUUAUAGACAUGUAUCUGUUGUAAUCUAGUUGCUUAAAAAUGUAGAUUUUCUUCUUUCUUGUUUACUUAAACUUAAAUGAACAAAGCAUGUAAGUCGAAAUCAAAACCAUGGGCAUUGUGUUAUGUUUGUAUACUAAUCUUUCUAUUUUGGUGAAAAUUGUUGCCGUUAUUUUUAUCUUGUCUGUUUUGGAAAGAAAAAGAGUUGAGGAAUUGUGAAAGUCCUUCUGUUGUUUUUGUAAAUUUUGUGCAAAAACUUAGAAAACUGAUCAAGAUAUUCAAAUGAAAUUUGAUUAUAGAGGUAAAUCACAUAUGGUAGCAAGGCGCCAUAUAUUAACUUUAAAAAUUAUUCAUUACAGAUGCCUUUUGUUAGACUGAAAAAACAAUAACAGAUGAGUGUUGGCAUUCACCCUAAGGCAACAUUUUUUCAUAUGAGUUAACCAAUUAAAACGAAUUAUGCUUCAUAUUUUUACUCUAUAUGUUUACUGUUAUUGUUAACCAGGUAUUUGCAAGGAAAACAUGGUUAUUAGAAUGAUGUACAUUGUUGUUAGGGUGGUUGGCUGUGGCGUCAAACUUACCUAUGGUAUGGAAUUUUUAGUAAGGUUUUACAUAGUGCCACCAAACUUGGUAUAUAGGAAUAGUUCAAGGAGAUGUUUCAUGAGAUCAUGUUUGGUGUCCUUAGGGUCAACGUCAGUGUUAUUAAAAAUAGAAAAACAGUUGGUACUGAAUAUUUUUAGUUAGGGUUGACAUAUUGCAUACCAAAUUUGGUAUAUAGGAAGAGUUUAUAGACACCUUUUAUGCGAUUGAGUUGGGCCCCUACGGUCAAGGUCAAGGUCAGUGUUAAAAAAGAAAAAAAUGGUUGAAACUGAAUAACAAGUUAGGGUUGAUAUAUUGUGACCAAUCUUGGUAUGAAGAAAUAGUUAUGGCGGACUUUCAUUGGAUUGCAUUUGGGGCCCUAGAGUCAAGAUAAAGGUUA